AGGAGUCCUCCGUCAAAACCCUAACGUCUCAACCUGUGUGUCUAAAGCCCUAGCCUCCCUGUUGGCUAUGAAUACUCCAGUCUUUGUCGAGGAAGAGGAAGAAGAUAUCUAAAAUUUGCAUUCAAACUGGUGUUUUUGUACUUGAUUUUUCCCAUACAGAUGCAGAGCUGAGGCGAUAGGGCUUGGUUCAUUCAGUGGUGCAUUUGGUUAUUGAAUCUCAGUCUUGCACCAGCGGAGACCUCCUUUGAUCCAAAGCUGGUAUCUUGGUGACUUUCUUGCUUGGUUUUUUCGUUCGAGAAGAGGAGCCUGCAGAAUAGGCAAUGCCGCGCACUAGCACACUGGAGUGCCCUGGUUGUCCUCCAAUCAGAGCUUUAACAUUUGAUGUCCUGGGUCUUGUUAAAGUUACUGAAGCUCGUAGUAAGGAAGGAGGAAUUCCCAAGGUGGUGGAUAGAUGGGGGGAGCCCGACUCAUCCAAAUGCAUACUUGCUGCUUCUAUUGAUGACCGCAAAUCUGGCCCUUUGUUAGCUAUUGCUAGGAAAGGUGGUCUGAUUGAGAUUCUUAACCCUCUUAAUGGGCAUCCUUGUCUUUCAAUCUCCAAUAUCAUUGAUAAUGGCCCUCAGCCUGGAGAUGAUGCUAUCAUUGGGUUGCAUUUGUUCAAAAAGCAAAAUUUGGACUUAUCGUCAAGGUCACGCACCUUGCUUACAUGUACAACAAAAGGAAAUGCAAGCAUGAGGUCUGUUGAACUUACCAGUUCACAUGCGGAUUCCACCUCAAGUGUUUCUUCAAGAACAUGGAAUGUAUGUGCUUCUGGUAAUAUCUUAUGUUCUCAAGUGGAUGGAAAUGAAAACUAUGCUUUGUUUGGCGGGAAGGGUGUUGAAGUUAAUGUUUGGGAUCUUGAACAGGGUACUAAGAUUUGGACUGCAAAAUCUCCUCCAAAAAACAGCCUUGGCUUAUUCACUCCAACUUGGUUUACAUCUGCAACUUUCCUAAGUAAAGAUGACCACCGUAAAUUUGUUGCUGGCACAAACAGUCAUCAGGUUCGCCUUUAUGAUAUUUCUGCUCAGAGAAGGCCUGUUAUAUCAUUUGAUUUCCGGGAGACCCCUAUUAAAGCAGUUGCUGAAGAUCAAGAUGGCUAUACCAUCUACAUAGGAAAUGGAUCAGGUGACCUUGCUUCUGUCGACAUGCGCACAGGGAAAUUGUUAGGAUGCUUUUUGGGAAAGUGUUCUGGAAGCAUUAGAUCCAUAGCCAGGCAUCCAGAGCUCCCUGUGAUAGCAUCAUGUGGAUUGGAUAGCUACUUGCGCUUUUGGGAUAUAAAAACAAGGAAGCUUCUUUCUGCGGUUUUCCUGAAGCAGCCUCUUACAAAUGUUGUUUUUGAUUCUAAUUUUGCUGAGGAAGAAGUUCCAUCUUCUGUAGUGGAUCCACCAACUGAAGCACAAAAUAUGAAUGAGACCCAGGAGAGUGAUGAGGAAGAAGUGCAGCCUCUGAAAAGAAAGAAAAAAUCGUCAAAGCAUAGUGGAAGCAAGAAGCCGAAACCCAAGAAAAGAAGCAAAAAGGUUCAAGACGAGACGGUUGAUGAUUCAUCAUGAUCCCAAAUGAAUGGAAUACAAGCUUUUCACAAAUGAAACAACACUGUUCAAAUCUCUAAGGCGUAUGCGAGUGGCUGUGGAGCAUAUUUUUACAGAUGAAGAGAAUUAAGAGUAGGACAAUGGGGGAGGUAUAGGUUUGGACGAUUUUCAGGUUGGGGUGGAGGAUCUUGGAAAGCUUAGAGCUUCCAGCACUUGACUUAUCAAGAGCACCCAAGAGAAGGUAACCUUAUAUUUUAGUUGGCUUUAGUAGCAGUUUUGUGAUCCUUUUUUGGUUUUCUGUCUUAUGCUUGUAUGUAUUUUGGGAUCUCAGUAUUCCUAACUGAGGAGCAUAGUUAGAAUUUAUUAUUCCAAAAAGAAAAAAAAGAGAAAAAAAAAUUGUAGUUAUGGUUGAUAAACACUACUCUUUUAUGAUUUAAGUUUUUGUUUCGAUUACCAAAA